CAAAUCUCUUCGACAUCUAUCCCAUAGAUCUUUCGAGGGCUCUAAGCUAAAUAAUAAUGAAAGCAGUCAUUCUAAUUCUGGUCCUCGUGGCAGUUGUCCAAGCAACUAGUCUUAAAGACAUACUUAAGGCUGAGUUUAACGCCUUCAAAUUGAAGCACCACAAAACCUAUAAGGAUUCUAGUGAGGAAUUGAAACGCCUUCAGAUAUUCGUGGAAAACAAGAAACUCAUCGACACUCACAACAAACGCUAUCUGGCCGGAGAGGAGUCUUACGAGAUGGGUGUGAAUAAAUUUUCUGAUAUGACUCCCGAGGAAUUCAAAACGCGCAUGCUUACAAAUCUCAAUCCUGAGGACGCCCAGGAAGGCAUCGACAAUAUUUACAAUACAUCUGCCAUAGCUAGUCUCCCGAGUAGCGUUGAUUGGCGUCUUUCAGGCGCUGUUAAUCCAGUUAAAAAUCAAGGAACCUGUGCCGCCUGUUGGGCUUUUUCUGCAGUUGGCUCACUGGAAAGUCACCACUUUAUAAACUCAAACCAGAGAGUAUCCCUGUCCGAACAAAAUUUGGUGGACUGCACAAGAGGUUAUCCCUAUAACAACCGAGGCUGUACAGGGGGCUGGCCGAUUAAAGCAUUGAAUUAUGUUAGGGACAAUGGUGGUAUAAACACGGCCAGCUCUUAUCCAUAUGAAGGCCGAGACAACACUUGCCGAUACAAUAAGAACAACAUUGGAUCAAAAAUCUCAGCUGUUAUACAAAUUGCUAGGGGAAAUGAAGCCGCAUUGGCAUCCGCCGUCGCCAAUAAGGGACCCAUCUCGGUGUGUCUCAACGCCGCCCUGUUCCAAUAUUACAAAAGUGGCGUCUUGAACAAUCCGUCGUGCUCUCAUUCUGUAGACCAUAGUCUAGUUGUUAUUGGCUACGGCACCGAUUCAGUUGGAGGAGAUUAUUGGUUGGUGAGGAAUUCUUGGGGCGAGAAUUGGGGAGAAAAUGGAUAUAUUCGCAUGGCUCGAAAUCGCAACAAUCAAUGUGCUAUUGCCAGUUAUGCAAUUUAUCCAGUAAUUUAAUCGACGUCUUUGUAUUUUCUUUAUUUAUUUCAUUUAAAUAAAUGAUUGUUUAUCCAA